AUGAAGCUUUUUGCUACGGUUGUCGCUUCGGCGACGAGCCAGGGCUUCUACGACUACAGUCUGUUUAACAACUACGGAGCUCCGCAAGCGAGCUACGAUGGAAAGUACGGAAACGUCGUUGGCAACACCGAUACUGGCAACAACAAAGGUCUUCGGUCCGGCAAUGGUCGAUAUUGCCACGCUACCAAAGACAACAUCGUCAUCCAUCGAUGGGACGUCUCCAAGACCGGCUUCUUCAACCACUACAACCGAAUCGAGUGCGAGGGUGAAGAGAUGUACUGCUUCCUCGAAGAGCGAGCUCACUUCGGACAGGUCAUUGGAAUCCGCGCCGGCUGCGCUCAGAUGAUGAACCAUCCUCAAAUCAAGCGAACUCGACUUGGAUCGCAGCAAUCCUACAACAACAACAGGGAAGCUUUCCGAAAGCGAACUUUCACGAACAACCAGGGAAGCCUUGGAAGCGCACGAAGCAGUACGGUUCUCGGCUACGGUGUCGGUGGAUGCAUGGCCAUGCAAGUCCAGAACCACAAGGACCAAUUGGACAAUACCUUUGACGGUAACGUUGGCGGAGACAAGGAAGACAACAUGUUCUUCUACGGAAGCUGGUACCAGGCCCAGUGUCUUCGUAAGGUCGACCGAGGCCAAACAGCUGGAUGGAACGAUCUCCUUCCAUUCGGCGUCUCCGUCUGUCGAGCCUGCUGCGUCGCCGGGUUGGAUACCGAAACCAACUACAGUGCCGAAGGCAACGCUCCAUGCAACUUCCUGCCCUACAAGCAGCCUGCAAAUGGUGGUGACUUAAACCAGCGGCCACAUAUUCCAUUCGGCUACGACUUUGCUUGCCAAGAGGGUUACCAGCAAGGCGUCAAAGUCGACGCUCUCACCCACGAGUACAUCGAAAAUGCCACAAAGGCAGGAAUCAUGUCACAAUCAGCCUUCUCUGCCGCAGCGCCGAACGACGGUGGUGGCGCUUGCGGGAGCACUUGCAAUCCCAACAGAGCCGGCGACACUCUAGCUGACGUCACUGGUCUCCAAGAAGCAGCCGGUGGUAUCACUUACCACUCACCAAGCGCGACUCCGUCGAAGAUCCGACACUUUGCUUGCAACGAUUUCUUUACAUAUACGCGAGGCUAUGGAGCCGCGAUUAAUAAGCAAGACAUCCAGGACCAGCCCCAUCCUGGACACUGGAAUUACGCCAAAUCAGACGCUGACUGGUAUAACACUGGCGCUGAUGGCAUUUGCGACGGUACAGUCGGCGGCCAGAAAGAAUGCUUCCCCAAGACCUUCGAAGAAAGUGCCAGACUCAUCGGCGACCCAAGCGUAGCAACAAACGCAUUCGACUUCAACAGCCACACCUGGGUCGACAACUCUGACUGCGACAUCUGCCAGAACGAGCUCGUGCCGCGAUUCGACGCCGUCAACUACGACAGUGCUAGCAUCGUCAACCUGUUCACAGCCGCUUGCAGCGACACCAACAAACGAUGCGAUCCUGUUGCCAAGACUGUCGUUGAUAUGCAGCUUCUUUUCAACUAA